ACGAGAUUGUUGUAUUGUUUGAACAAAGAGGAUUUAUCAAGAUAUUUAUUCUGAUUCCUUCUCUAUAGAUAGCAAAAUGAAGAUAACUGUAACAUGUGAGGACGAUUCGUUAUUUACACUUGAGAUCAGUGGUGAUUUAGAGCUUGAAAACUUUCUUGCCUUAGUAGAAUUUGAGCUAGGGAUACCAGCAAGUGAUGUCAUUGUUUGGUAUGAAGGAAACCAUUUGAAUGAGUUAAAGAAAACUUUAUCAGAUUAUGCAGUAAAGGAAGGAGAUGUGUUACUACUGAGGAGGAAAGGGACAUUUUCCAGCAGAAAUGCAGGUCGAGGUAAGAGUGAUAUGGUAAUAGAUUGGGGCCAUAUUCCUGUUCCACCGACAGGAAAUGCUGGACCAUCUAACCAAGUAAAUAUGCAGAGGCAAUCUGCAAGUAGUGCUGAAGAAAAUCCUGAAGCCAUAAGACAGAUGUUUCUAACUGAUCCACAUCAAAUGUCUCUGUUAAAGGAAAGAAACCCAGAGUUAGCCAAUGCUUUGACUCAUCCUCAGAUGUUUGCUGAAGUUUUGAAAAAGCAGCGUCAAGAAUUACAUGAGAGAAAUAUGCAAAGAAUCCGGACAAUGAAUGCAGAUAUGUUUGAUGCAGAGGCACAAAAGAAGAUAGCAGAAGAAAUAAGAAUGUCAAAUGUCAAUCAGAAUAUGGAAGUAGCUAUGGAAUAUUCUCCAGAGUCAUUUGCAAAAGUCAUCAUGUUGUAUAUUAACUGUACUUUAAAUGGUUAUCCAGUAAAGGCAUUUGUUGAUUCAGGAGCACAGAUGACAUUCAUGAGUUCAGCUUGUGCAGAAAGGUGCCAUAUAACACGUCUGAUCGAUCAUCGGUGGUCAGGUAUUGCUCAAGGAGUUGGACAACAAAAGAUUAUUGGUCGUGUACACCUUGCUCAGAUACAAAUAGAGAACAACUUUCUUCCAUCUUCAUUCUCAAUUCUUGAAGAUCAGGUCAUAGAUCUAGUGCUUGGCCUUGACAUGCUCAAAAGGCACCAGUGCUGCAUAGAUCUAAAGGAUAAUGUACUAGUCAUUGGAACAACAGGAACAAGGACACCUUUUCUUCCUGAGUCAGAGCUUCCAUCUAAUGCCCGUUUGUCCAAUGAAGCUGAAUCUGAAGCCAAAACUCAGGAAAUGGAAGACAAAAACCUUGCACAAGCACUAGCAAGAUCAGUUGAUGAAAGCAGUUAAUCUUCUUUAUUCAGCCCUGGAAGUGAACAAACACUGCCUGAUAAUGUGACAGAAGAUAAGAUUCAGUUAAUAGUUAAGAUGGGUUUUACCAGAGAAGAGGCCAUACAAGAACUAUGAAGAUGUAAUGGAGAUGCUAAUUUAGCUGCUGCUUCCUUAUUAGCGAAAUCUUUGAAACUUCCAACCACAUAUAGCCAAAGUAACAACAACCCUUUUAAAUGAUUUCAUAUAAAAAUUUGUUAUGACUGGUUCUCUAUUUAUAGAAAAGCAGAAGAAGAGAGACACAAUAUCUUCCUACCCCUUUACAUUGUGACUUAUAGUACUAUGACUGCUUAUUGUUUUUAUACUUCAGUGGUUGUUGUAUAUUGAAUGAUAAAAGCCUCAUCUAUAAGCCAAUAAAUCAAUUGCAAUCAUGAA